AGUAAACAGAAAAGUGGCAACAAAACUGGCGGGCCCAUAACACAAUAAUAAACAAAAUUAAUAACAAUAUGUCGCAUCCAAAUACAACGCGGCGCAAGCAUGUGCUCAAGGAGAUGAUGGAGGAUGACUUUUCACUGCCCACAGAGCAGCAGCAGAUCGUGCGGGUGGUCAGCAGUCGGGGCAAUAAUCUACACGAGGUCGAGGCAGCAGCAUUGGAGUCGGAGAACUUUCUGGUUUCCAUGCCAAACAAGUUUCGCAAGAAUGUUUGGGUAAAGCGCGGAGAUUUUAUUCUUGUCGAGCCGAUUGACGAGGGAGACAAGGUGAAGGCAGAGAUAUGUAAAAUAUUGACACCAGAGCACAUAAAGGAGUACACAAAAUCGGGCAUAUGGCCAGAACGUUUUGCCAAGAAAGCAGUGGAGUCGGCGACCAGUAAUGAUGCUUUAGAUUCCGAUUCAGAUGAACCGUUGACGCCGAACACAAAUCGACCCGUGAAUAUACAAAUGGAUAACGAUACGGAGUCGGACUCGGACACGGAAGACAGCAGCUCUGAAGACUGAGAUGUCAGUGCAUUUGCUUGUGCAUUACAAAAGUUUAGCUAUGUAUAUUUUUUAACGAAUUGUUUUCCCUCUCAAUUGUUGUAACAAAAAUUGUGUCUUUACUACAUACAUAUAAACCAAAACAAAAACUACAU